AAACAUCUUUAUUACGUGUUCAAUUACGCAUUCAAAACAAUACCCGAUUUGAUUGCGUAUCAUUCUCGAAAUAAUUUACCGUUGAGUGCCGAUCAAAUCUGCAUCAAAAACGGAGUCGAAAAAAGCGAAUGGCAGUUGUUCCAUGAACAGGUAGAGAAGACGCGAAAGUUGGGUGAGGGUGCGUUCGGUGAGGUUUGGGAAGGCACCUUGUCGUUGGGCGUGUUCCGUGGACGGAUUCCGGUCGCCAUCAAAACACUUCAUUCGAGUGCGAUAUCAACCGAUGAAAGAAUCAAAUUUCUUCGUGAAGCGAAUUUAAUGCUCAAAUUGAAUCAUCCCACAGAAACAGAUCGAGUUAAAUAUUGUUCAGAUAUCGCCAGUGGUCUUGCAUAUUUGGAAAUGAUGUGUGUCAUUCACAGGGAUGUUGCUGCUCGAAAUUGCUUACUCGGUGAAGAGGAAACAGUUAAGCUGAGUGAUUUCGGAUUAUCACUGCUGGGAAUCGAGUAUCGUGAGAAACACAUGAAAAAUGUACCGAUUAGAUGGCUGGCACCAGAAACAUUGAAAGGUGGUCGUUAUUCAACAAAAACGGAUGUUUGGAGUUUUGGUGUAACGAUGUGGGAGAUAUUUUCGGAUGGUGCACAUCCAUACGGUGAUAUUGAAGAUAAUCGAGAGAUCCGACACGGUGUUUUAGAGCAACGGUUGAAAUUGAACGAUCCAAUAGGGAUGCCAGCGGAGAUACUGGAAGUGAUGCAUGGUUGUUUGCUGUUUCAAGCUGAACUUCGUCCACCUUUUCAUGAACUCGCCAAGACGUUGGAGAUCCAAAAGGAUGCUCGAUUACGGAAAAACCGACUUUCUGCAAUUCUGCAUGGCAUUUUACAUAUUUGA